AUGGCGAGUCUGUGCAGAAGGCAGCAAUGCACGAUCGAGAGGCGCGGCUUUCGGCAGGAACUUGACUCGUGGAGGCAUAAACUCAUUCACUGUGUAGGGUUUGAAAGCAUUUUGGAGGGGCUGUUUGGACCAGGACUAGUAAAAGAUCUUACUGUUUUUCAAGAUUGUGAGCCACAGGGAGUGUUAGAUUGGUCGGUUAAUGAAAAUUGUCUCUUUUGCUGCUUAAGACGUGAAAAAGUCAAGGAAAAUUUGGUUGGUUUGAAGAACCAAGUGUUAUCAGAAGCUGACAUUUUUAAGCAAGAGCAGUCCAACAUUAACAAACUUGAGAAGCAAGCAGAGGACUUCCUCAAUGUUGUCUUCUGCAGAAAGGACCUCCCAAGGUUCACAGACCCCCACAUUCCUCUAGUGGCUCGUGAGAUCAUGCAGCGAAUGAUCCGACAGUUCGCUGUGGAAUAUACCUCAAAAACCAGCUCAACUCAGGACGUACCCCAAUCCAAGUCCCAGCCCAACGGCACUAAGGACCAAAGCCUGCCGAAAGCGCCCUCGCUGGAGCCGGACGCCUCCACACCUGAUUCCGUCUGUGGUGGCGCCGGUACCGGCACCGCUGCCUCCGCACAGAAUCCCGUCCUCAGCAAGCUUCUCAUGGCAGAUCAGGACUCCCCACUGGACCUCACCAUCAAGAAACUAGAGACAGAGCCCAGGGAACAAGAUGGAGUCCUUGACCUCUCAACUAAGAAGAACCACAGUCAUGGUAGUGUCUCACUGAAAAGCUCUCAUGGUUUCUCAAUUGUGCCCACAGUUAAGGGGCGUUCCCAGAGAGCUGAUCACAAAUAUCGAGAUGUUGACGAUGAAGAUGACUUGCCACCGAGAAGCUUGCAUGAUGGGAUAAGAGAGAAUUGUAUUGUUUCUGGACCCAUCAAGCCACCAUUGGUUCACUCACUCCUCAUAAAAGAGGAACUCCUGAGUCAGAAGCACCGCCUCAUUGGCCAACCAACACCUCUUUCAUUAGCUAGCCUAGAGUCCGUAGGUCUCCUCAACAGCCAGCCCCUUCUAUCCCGUAAUGGAGUAUGGGGAAAAUCUCAUCUAGAUGGCCUCCUGAAGCUUAAACAUGUAACUGGCAACCUUAGUGACAUCAACGACCUGCCUCUUUUGCAGGAGAACCAUAGCAUAUUUUCUAAGGAUACAAAGUCCCUUGACACCAGUUCCAUUAUGAUUAAGAAAGAACCGGGACAUUCCCCUCCAGUGGACUUGAAGAUUCCACAAGUCCGAGGCAUGGACCUGUCCUGGGACUCUCAUGGGAAUGCUUCGGAUCUCUACAGUUAUAGCUCCUUAUCUCUGGGCAACGUGCACUCUGAGAAUGCGCUCAGCAGAAAGUUGAGGGCCAUCUUGCCAAAGCAGAGUCGCAGGGCUGCCCUAGGAGGCCUUCUCAAUGGAGGAGCCGUUGGAGAGUACUGGGGUGCAGACAUCGAGCAGCCAACUUUGGGGCCGCAGUACCCAACAUCUGAUCCAGAGACUGACCCAACAGGCUCCAAGCAACCCCGAAAGAAAAGGGGCCGCUAUCGUCAGUAUAACAGCGAGAUACUAGAAGAAGCCAUUGCCGUGGUGAUGGGUGGAAAGAUGAGCGUUUCGAAGGCACAGAACAUCUACGGGAUUCCCCACAGUACCUUGGAAUACAAGGUUAAGGAGAGGUUGGGCACAUUGAAGAACCCACCAAAGAAAAAGCUCAAACUGAUGAUGAGGUCAGAGGGGCAGGAUUCUGGGAUCAUGGCUGAAACCGAAUCCACGUCAACGCCUGCCACCACACCCAUCGCAACGCAAGUGGAUGUCUUGCAGGGGACAGUAGACAAAGUCGAGUAG